AUGGAUACUAACAAUUCUUUGCUAACAACAUUCUUAUUAAAUAAUCUGGAAGAAACAACGAUUGAUAUCAAUAGAAUUAUGUACAAUGGAAGUUCAGAAAAUUACACGGAUUUUUUUAUUAAUAAUGAUACACUGUCAUCAUCUGUGGUAGCUUUUCAAUCACCUGAAACUAAUGAUCAACAAAAAUUAAAUAAGACGUCAAAAAUUUGUAAUCCGCCAACUUCAACAACUACUGAGGAACCUUUUGAUGAUUUUGGUCCACCUGAUGGAGUGGAAUAUAUAUUUGUACCUCUUGGAGUUAUUAUUUUCGUUAUAAUACUGUCAGCUGUGGUUUUAAUUAUAUCACGACGACGUAAAUUGGAACGAUUGCGGCAUAAAUUAAUGCCUCUUUAUAAUUUUGAUCCAGGUGAAGAAGGAGAAGAUGAUUGGGAAACGGAAUUGCUUGACGAAGGGUUUGGUGGUCGACAGAGAAGACAGGGAUAUCAGUCAAUUGACAACGAAGAAAAUACAGAACUUUUUGGUCACUGA